AUGACCUCAUCAUCUGCAGCCCCAGCCAGUGACUUUGCCAACAUGCCCCCCCGGGCGGAUCUGGAGGAGACAUGGACGUUCUUGAAGGGAGGCAUCGACCACAUCAUGACUAACGUCGAGACGGUGCCCCCCGAAGGCUAUACGCGUUUAUACUCGGCCGUCUAUAACUACUGCACAUCUAGCAAAACGCCAGGAAACCAAGGCAAUCGCACUGGCGCUAAUAUGUCUGGAUCCGAUCUCUACAGCAAACUCAGCGAAUAUUUUGUUGUGCAUUCUGAAGGAAUGCUUGAAAAAACCGAAACUCUGCAAGAGGUCGACCUCCUGCGGUACUACGCCACCGAAUGGGACACUUAUACUAGAGGGGCUAACUAUGUCAACCGUUUAUUCGCAUUUCUCAAUCGACACUGGGUGAAGCGCCAGCAAGACGAGGGAAGGAAGGUUUAUCAGGUGUACACGCUUGCCCUGUCACAAUGGAAAACCCAUUUCUUCAUGCACAUACAAAAUGACAACGCGAAACUGGCCGGUGCUGUACUUCGUCAAAUCACACGGCAAAGGACUGGCGAGGUCGUAGAUGAUCAGGGUCUGAUCAAGCGGGUUGUGGAUUCAUUCAUAUCACUUGGCCUUGAUAACGCCGAUCCUAGUAAGGAAUGCCUCAAUAUAUAUAAGGACCAGUUCGAAACGGCAUUCAUCGCUGCCACGGAGCAGUAUUACAAGAAGGAAUCAGAGGCCUUUCUAGCUGAAAAUUCGGUGUUGGACUACCUCAAGAAAGCCGAAGAUUGGCUGCGAGAGGAGGAGAAUCUUGUUGAGCGUUAUCUACACAGCAAGACGCGAAAAGAGCUUGUCAGCAAAUGUGAAGCGGUCCUGAUUCGCGAGCACUCCGAUCUGAUAUGGAAAAGCUUCCAACCGUUGCUCGACUCCGAUAAGGAUGAAGAUGUGCAACAUAUGUAUACGCUUGUUUCAAGGUUUCAAGAAGGUUUGGAACUUCUCCGGAAAAAGUUCAAAGCUCGCGUCAAACUAUCUGGUCUCUCCGCUAUCGAGAAUGUGGUUAGCCAGGCCGGCGCCGCUGCUGCGAACGCAGAAGUCGACCCCAAAGCAUAUGUGGCUGCGCUCCUCGAGGUUUACCACAAGAAUUCGGAGACUGUAAACAUAAGUUUUAAGGGCGAGGCAGGACUCGCUGCAAGUUUGGACAAAGCCUGCCAAGAAUUUGUCAAUCGGAACGCUGCUACUGGUGGCUCAUCGACCAAGUCGCCAGAGCUUAUUGCCAAGUACUUGGACAUGCUUUUGAGAAAGAACAACAAGAUGGCAGAGGAAGACGACCUAGAGGGUGCUUUGAACCAUGUCAUGAUUCUGUUUCAAUAUCUGGAAGACAAGGAUGUGUUCCAGACAUUCUAUACCACCAAGCUUUCAAAACGGUUGAUCCAUGGUGUCUCUGCGUCCGACGAGAGCGAGGCCAACAUGAUUUCGAAGCUCAAAGAGGCUUGCGGUUUCGAGUACACCGACAAGCUCCAACGCAUGUUUACGGACAUGAGUUUGAGCAAGGAUCUUACGGACUCAUUCAAGGAUUGCAUGUCGCAAAACCACGGUGACAUGGUCAUCACCUUCAGCAUCAUGGUCUUAGGAACCAAUCUAUGGCCACUCUAUCCACCACCACACGAUUUCGUCAUCCCCACCGAGAUCGUACCCACCUACGACCGAUUCCAGAAGUACUACCAGACGAAGCACUCUGGCCGUAAACUCACCUGGUUAUGGAACUACUCCAAGAAUGAGCUGCGCACGAACUAUACGAACCAAAAGUACAUCCUGAUGACGAGCUCAUACCAGAUGGCGGUACUAUUGCAGUACAACUGGGCCGAUACGCUUUCGUUGGAUGAGCUGGUCACUGCUACUUCGAUUACGAAGGACAUCUUGACCCAGGUUCUGGUUGUGUUGGUUAAGGUGAAGAUGUUGAUCAACGAGGAGAAGGACCAGUACGAUCUUAAUCACAACUUCAAGUCGAAGAAGAUCCGUGUCAACCUGAUUCAGCCAAUCAAAGCCGAAGUCAAGACCGAAUCUUCGGAUGUUUUGAAGGCUGUUAAUGAGCACAGAAAAUAUGUCAUUCAAGCUACGAUCGUUCGAAUAAUGAAGGCAAGGAAAACCAUCAAAAGUCAGGCUUUGAUCCAGGAAGUCAUCUCUCAGAUCUCUCAACGCUUUGCGCCAAAGAUUCCUGACAUCAAGAAAGCGAUCGAAAUCCUCUUGGAGAAGGAAUACAUUGAACGAGUCGAUGGUUCCAGGGACACGUUCGCAUAUGUUGCUUGAUCUUCCCUUCCUCAUCCCCUCUGUUCGUACUCGUGUUCAAAUCCGUAUUUUGUGCCCCUCUCCCUAACUGCCGAUGUCAGUACUUAAUGGGCGGUCAAGGUAAGAGAGACUGGACGGGGCACGAGAAGAGCCAGUUUGCUACAGGCGGGAGUGGAGAUUUCCAUGAUGAACAUGCUGCGAACGAGGUGUCGCCGAUUGGGGGUGGGAAGAACUGGGAGAUGGGCGCUCCUUGGGCUCGUGGCGAAGGGAGGGUGAUUUCGAGAGGGCGAGUAAGAAGAAGUCACGAUUUGAGCACCUGGACAACGUCGCAAAGAUUGUACCUCCAGCAGAGGAUACUUACGUG